AUGUUAAAAAUUAUCAUCUUUUGCACCUAUUUGGUUGCCAAAUGCUUAGCAGGUUAUGACGAUUGGGACUCUGGAGCAAAGUACAAAUUUGAGUAUGGUGUUGAAGACCCUCACACCGGUGAUCAUAAAAGCCAAUGGGAAAUCAGCCACGGUCAUGGGUUGAAGGGUGGUUACACUUUAGAUGAACCCGACGGCACUAAGCGUUAUGUAGAGUACAAAGCUGAUAAAUGGCACGGGUUCCAGGCGAUUGUGAAACGCAUAGGCCAUGCUGUUCACCCAAAGUCUUACGGUGCUCCAUUCGUAGUUCGCCACCAGGAUCACCACUCUCAGAACGGUAAUGGCAAUGGUUUCGAGCAUAAACAGACACAACAUAAAGACAUCGGCGGUUCUUUCAAUGGGAAUGAUCUCUGGGUUCAGUCCAAUCAGCAGCAAACCUACACACCGCAGAGAGGCUGGACCAAUGAAGGAGUUACCACGAACGGCAACCAUAAUCAAUAUAAUGGAUGGAAAAACGGAGGUGGUGAACAGUUUGCCACCAGCUAUGCCAACCAGAAAACCUACCACCACUGA